AUGUCUCUGGAACAGUCGAUGACCUACCGUGGCGCCAUGCUGAAUAUUCAUCGGUACCGACUGCGGGCCUCCUCCUGCCCGGACAUCUACCGAAACUCCAUGAUCACCAUCCUGUCUGAGGAUGAGGACGAGGGCUGUUGGAGCUGCGUGCGGGACGUGCUGCGCGUGCUGCAGAAGAUGCUGGACGUCUCUUUCUUCCGAUUGCCGGCAUUCACGCUGUUUGCGCUCUCCAACUUCGUGUUGUACAUGUUCUACGACGUGCCGUACGUGUACCUGGCCGACCACGCCAUCAGUGGCGGCGCCACCGACGAAGAGGCCAGCGUCCUCAUCUCCGUCAUCGGCAUCAGCAACGUGGUCGGCGUGCUGCUGAUCGGCUACGUCGGGGACCGGCCGUGGGCGUCGAGCACGGCCCUCUACGUGGCGUGCAUGCUGGGCUGCGGCGUCGCCACGCUGCUGCUGCCCUCGUGCCCCAGCUACUCCGCCCUUGUAGCCGUGAGUGACCUGGGAGCGGGCGCGUCGAAGCUGGGGCAGGGUGCGUCGAAGCUGGGGCAGGGCGCGUCGAAGCUGGGUCAAGGGUGCGUCGACGAAGCUGGGGCAUGGGUGCUGAUCGACUUCGUCGCCGCCUGUGUUUCAGCUGCUCAUCGGCUGCUGAUCGGCUACGUCGGGGACCGGCCGUGGGCGUCGAGCACGGCCCUCUACGUGGCGUGCAUGCUGGGCUGCGGCGUCGCCACGCUGCUGCUGCCCUCGUGCCCCAGCUACUCCGCCCUUGUAGCCGCGUCGGCCGUGUUCGGGUUCUGCAUAUCGGCGAACUAUACUCUGGCGCCUACCAUUCUGGUGAGCCUGAUCAGCAUCGAGAACUUCACCAACGCCUACGGCAUCCUGCUGCUGGCUCAGGGCCUGGCCAACCUGGUCGGACCUCCUCUCUGCGGCAUGCUGCGCGACCUGACGGGUAACUAUGAGCUGACCUUCCACGCGGCGGGCACGGCGCUGGUGCUGUCCGGUCUCAUGCUGUGCCUCGUGCAGGCCAGCCGCGCCAGUCGUCGCGUCUUGCAGCGGAUCUCAUCGUCGGAGAGUGCGCCGCAGAGGAUCUGAGGCCGCCGCCGCGUCCUGCAGCGGAUCUCCUCGUCAGAGAAAGCGCCGCAGAGGAUCUGAGGCCACCGCCGCGUCCUGCAGCGGAUCUCGUCAGAGAGCAGACCGCAGUGGAUCUGAGGCCGCCGCCGCGGCGUCCUGCAGCGGAUCUCCUCGUCAGAGAACGGACCGCAGAGGAUCUGAGGCCGCCGCCGCCGUGUCCUGCAGCGGAUCUCCUCGUCAGAGAGUGCGCCGCAGAGGAUCUGAGGCCGCCGCCGCGUCCUGCGGCGGAUCUCGUCAGAGAGUGCGCCGCAGAGGAUCUGAGGCCGCCGCCGCGUCCUGCAGCGGAUCUCGUCAGAGAACAGACCGCAGAGGAUCUGAGGCCGCCGCUGCGGCGUCCUGCAGCGGAUCUCCUCGUCAGAGAGUGCGCCGCAGAGGAUCUGAGGCCGCCGCUGCGUCUUGCAUCCAACCACGGGUGCUCUAAUCGUACCCUUCAGCGUGUUACCUGCGCAGAGAGCGGGAUGCGGUCAUGUUGAGGUCAAGAAUUAUCCUCUGCUGCGGGCCGUAGAUGGUCUGAAGCAAGUCGUCAUGCUCAGCAGCGGGUCAUCUGCGCAGAUAGCGGGGCAUGGACGGUCCGCUGUCACUGGCCGUGAUCUGCAGCUAGUCUGCUAAGCCGACGCACUCACGGGCGCUUCUAGUCAUGCGGCGGAGUCGAUAAAGUUUCACAGAUGAUGUGAGGUUAGCCGGGAUCGCGUAGAACGCGCCAGGUCAAGGUCGCUGCAAGGUCAAUCGAUACAGCGCGGGGUGUGGCGUAUACUUGAUGCCAACCAGCGGCACUCGCCAGAUCCGUCCCGGGAGUGAAGACUAAAAACGCAGUCAGGACAAAACGCGGCAGGACAAUGGGCGGCUAGGCAAGCUUUAGUUUUUCAUCCUCUGCAGUGCCCGUGUCCGGCUGGGCACGGCACUUUGCUCGGAGCCAUUGCGUCGGUGCGCUUGUCAGAAUCCAUUCACGGUCAGUCAUGUCGGCUUGAGAUCAGUCGUAUUACGCUGGUGAUUUCGAUAUCGCGAUACUUCCGAAGCACUCGCCAGUGGGAACCGCAACGGUACACCGCCACAGCCAACGUCACUGCUAUCCGGCUCGCCACGACCUCUGUGUUUCGGCGCCCGAGGCGGGCGCCGGGUCAGCGCAGGCAGCAGUCAACCGACCCGUCGUCGUGUGAGACGGGUCGUCGUGCUGCGGGCGAACACUCGGCGGGCGGCGGGAUGUGAGAGGCUGGGGCUGGUCUGGCUUCUGCAGCGGCUUGCAAUGACGCGCGGACACACCGUCAGGCUCCUGGAGACUCCCGUGAUAGGCGUGCAUGCGUACGCGCGUGUGUGCUCCACCCCACCGUAGGCCCGCCCGCCUUCUGUGCAGCCGUCUGGACGGGUUAGAGGGAGAGAACCAUGGCUUAUCUUCAGCUGCAGGCGGUCCUGUCUGACCGCGCGCCUCGAUGAUUCGGCUUCGGCUUGUUUACGCCGCCCGCCGGCCGGCCAGCGCCGCAGGGGUCGUUCGCAGCCCUCAGAAACCGCCGCGCCAGCUGUUGCUGAACCCCCGCGCGCGCUCGGUGACACAGCUGGCACCUGGGUCGAUCGCGUGCCUCCUCCUCUUCCCCUUCCCCUCUCUUUUGCUUCCCACUUCUGCCUUUGAGCGGAGUGACGGGGGGUUGUGGGCUGACGCUGACGGCAAGGGGUUCUUCGAUGGAAACAGCUGCUAUUUUUACUUAACGCGCUAAACGCGGCUGACACCAGGAGUGGCGCCACCGCCCAUUUUUCAACACGCUCUCUGUUGCCCGGAAAAUGACAUGAUGGACGCAUUAUGUGGCUGCAUGCUGUCAGAUAGAUGUUUCAUAUCGCUAAAUUCAGCUACAGACCUUUCUGGGAUCAUGGAGGGUCCGGUGCAUGCCGACGACUAAUGUUGCGGUGAUGGCUGUUCAGUCACGCGUUGGUUUAAACUUAAACUGAACGAAAGGCUCCCCUUGUUUGCAUUGACAAGUGGGCAUCGGCAUUGCCACUCUGGAAGUUUAUAGGUUAGUCGCAAAUACGGCAAGAGAGGCAGUGGUAAUUGCCCCAUGUUUUUGGUAGCACUCGCAGCUAUUCGCGCACGGGGGUGUUGCUCAUUUCAUUUCGAUGGUUUCAUGUGUGCUCUUUCCAUCACAGGUCCGCUUGGACGAGUGUAUGUGUAUGUGCUCCUUGCCGACAGUGCUACGGGUUGUGAAUGUGCUCCGUGCCCACAGUGUGCUACGGCAUGGAGUGCCCCGUAGAUCUCACGUUUUUCCAUGGCAUCUAAUACGAGCUUCGGCUACCUGCCGAUUUGCCUGGCAGCUGGGUCUCCAUUCGCUGGCAGCUGCCCGUUGUAGCCUGACUCAGCUUAGCACGAGCCUCGCCUAUGGUGCGGCUUGGCAUUGUCAAACAUCGAUUGCGGCUCUUCUCGUUGCCUUCCGCAAUGUAGCUGUCGGCCAGUAGUCCCUUCAGCAAUCCAGACUCCGUAUAGUGUUCGUUCAGGCGCCGUAAGAUUAGCGAAAGUCUAGUGCAUCGUGAAUAUUUCUUGCACGUUUUCGAAGAGCGUUUGCUACGUGCGCAAGGCUUCACGUGCAUUUCUUUUGGAGCCGAUCGGCAUCACAGCGUGCACGUGUUUGCAGCACGUGUCCACGUGUGCACCACAGCUGCGUGCGUGUGGCAUUGCCCCGAGAUAUUUGGCUCGGUGAUGUGACCCGUAAGUGACCGGAUGUCCACUCAGCUGGCGUCCGUCCGUCAGAUAGGGGAUUGUGGGGGCUGGUGACAUAUUGGAAUUGUCUCAGUGGCGUGCCACGCGCGCCUGGUUUGUCUCAGUGCUGCGCCGUGCUCACCAGAAAUGUCCUGGUGGCGGUGCGCUGUGUCGUUUCUAGAACAAGUGCCUGUGCCAGUGAGCGAUUUAUGUCUGGAGAAAUGCAUCUCGAACAUUC